GGAAGGCGCAGGUCGUCACUGCAAUCCCUAAAAAUUCAAAAUUUGUGACCGCCCUUCCCUUUCGCCGCGAGAACGACGCUCGAUUCAGUUCGUAGAUCCUUUUUCACCUAAUCACUGGAGUUUCCAUUCUAAAUCCCAUAUGGUUUUAGGGUUUUUGCCUCAAUCAAUUCGGUGUUUGGAUCAGAUUUGACUUUGCUGCAGGAAGUUCGAUUCAGUUUCGACGAUCCAAAGAUUUUUGCACGAAUGUCGGCCUCGACGGUUUCCAUUACGGCGAAUCAAGGUCCGACCACGCGCCGCCGAGCGUACGAGAAAAAUGUUUCGGCCGGCGGUUCGGAUUUGGUCGCUGCCGCGACGGUAACCGCCGCUGAAAAUGAUAAAGACGUUAGGGUCACGGCGGCCGACACUGCGGCUGCUAUAUUGAGGGAGGCGAGGAGAGCGCCGGCGCAGGGGCAGGGGAAGAAGUCUGUUCCGGGGAGAAAGUCGACGAAGCCCCGUUGGCUUACUGUGGUUAGUAUUCUUACUAAGAAUAUAGCGUUGCUGGUGGUUUUGGUAGGGUUCGUGCAGAUGAUUCGAUGGGUGGUGAUGUAUUCCGGCCGUGAAGAUGGGGAUCCUUCGAUAAUUCGUGGGGAUUUUGAUGGGAAGUUGUCGGAGUUGAAGAGAUUUGUCAUGACAACAACGAAGGCGAUGCAGGUUCAGAUGGAUGCAGUCGAUCAGAAAAUUGAUGAAGGGAUGAGUUCGGUGAGGAAGGAUCUGGACGAGAAAUUGGAAAAAAUGACCGAUUCAACGGAUUUGAAAUUAAAGGCAUUGGAUGCUAGGAGUGAUAUGUUCGAGAAGUUUAUGGAUGAGUUCAGAAGCAAGAGUUUACUGACAAAGGAAGAGUUUCGUGAUUUCUUUGAGGAGUUUAAGAGGUCUGAAACUGGUAGUGAUAGAACAGAUGUUAGUUUGGAUGAGAUAAAAGAUUUUGCAAGGAAGAUUGUGGAGAAGGAAAUUGAGAAACACGCUGCUGAUGGUUUAGGGAUGGUGGAUUAUGCCCUGGCAUCUGGAGGGGGGAAGGUGGUGAGACAUUCGGAGCCAUACGGUGCUAAGAAAGUGGGUGGACUGCUGACUCGAAAUGUGAUUAGUGUGGAUGCGGAGAAGUUGAUUAAGCCGAGCUUCGGGGAGCCUGGGCAGUGCUUUCCUCUCAAGGGUAGUAGUGGUUUUGUCGAAAUUAGACUGAGAGCAGCAAUAGUGCCCGAAGCUGUCACCCUGGAACAUGUUGCUAAGAGUGUAGCUUACAAUCGAUCCAGCGCUCCCAAGAACUGCAGAGUGUCUGGAUGGCUGGAUGGGCAAGAUUCCUCUACGACAGAAAGCAACGAGAGGGAAGAGUUUGUUCUUACUGAAUUUAGCUACGACCUGGAGAAGCCCAGUGUUCAAACGUUUAAGGUGCAAUCAGGCACUAAUGUGGUGAAUACAGUUAGGUUCGAUUUCAGGUCCAACCACGGGAGUGGUAGUCACACAUGUAUCUACCGAGUAAGGGUCCACGGUCGCGAACCACAACCCGGUGAGAAAUGAGGUUGUAGUGAUUUGUAUGUGCCCCCGAUGAUGAUGAUGUUAUGUUAGAGAUAGAUGAUCGAUCCGAUCCUAUAUAUGUAUUAUGUAAGAUGACGUUCCCUUACUACUUACCUACGUUGUAUCGGUUUCAUAUAUUGUCUGCUCGAUGAUAUUGUAAUAUUGUUAUUGCUUGUGUAGUA